AUGGCGAAAGCUAAAGACAAAGUUACUGCACUUUAUGGCAUCGGUGACCAUGUAUGGGUGCCGUGCAGGUCUACUAUUUCCAAGAACGGUUUAUUCAAAAGUUCUGACGACCAAACCUCUAGUUCUACCAAAACUGUUAAAAUAACUUGCGAUAAAAUACGUUAUUGGCCUGCUAAAAUUAUUUCAGUAUUAUUUACCGGAAACAGACAACUAUUCUCGUUCAUUAGAGUUAUGUCUAAAGAUAAUUUUCUUUCUAAAACUCCUUCUGUGACAACAAGAUAUUUGGUUAAACUCGUGGGUUUAGACAUAACCCAAGAAUUCUUGGAACAAGCGAUUAAAUCAUGGGACACGCUUGAUCCUAAACCUUUACCGGAUGUCUCAAUUUCUUUCAAUUUCAAUUUAUUCAAAAAACAAUUAUCAGAUUUGUCUUCUUAUGAAAUAAUUGCUCUUUAUGUUUAUUCGGUAAGAAAAGUUUCAAAAGAAAUUGAGCUAACCAUGAAGGCACGUGACCGAGAUUCUGUUACUUCAGUUAAAAACGUUAAGCGUGUAAAGAUUUACAAUGAUGAGAAAGGUUUCCAAGAUUCAAUGAAUAUCAUUUCUCAAAGUUCGAGAUCAAAAAAAGGUAAAAAAGGAACUUCGGCAUAUGCCAAGAAGAAAUCUUUGCAAAAAAAGUCUCCCGCAAAUUCCUCCUUUUCUGUUGAUUCGAAUUCUAAAUCGGUGGUUAUCGAAACCCACUCAUCCCAAGAAUCAAUGUUAAAUUCAAAUCCUUCGAAAGAUAUUCCUGAAUCAACUCACUUUAAAGAUAAACUUCAAAAGCAUGCAAUUAACAACUAUAAUGAUAGUAAUGAUAAUACGCUUUCUGUUCCUAUUGAUAACCGUAAUCUUAAAACAAAAUUUAUAAAGUCCAUCGGAUACGUUACUAUAGAUAAUAAUUUGUUCAGGACAACAAGAAGAGGUAAAGUUUUUGGAAAAUGGCGGCCUUCCAAAAAGUCCCGCCUAUCUGAAGAUGCAAGUAUGAAUGAAAAGAACGAAUUUAUCUUAUCCGAUGAUAUUUCUAAGCAAGAAGUUAUGAAUAUCAGUAAGCAUAAAGUUAAAGAAAAUCCAUGCAUCCUACAAACAAUCAAAUCCAAUGAUAUGCAGCAACAAAGUAUUAACGCGGAAGAAAAAGUCGACAUAACCUCGCAUAAUACUGCAGCAAAAGAUAAUGUUCAUAAAGUUGUGAAUGCACACUUAAAAUAUAAUGGUUCUACAAACGAAAGUUUCGUAAUAAAUGGUGUAGAUCCUAAAAGUGAUAAUUUUGAAGAUAGAUCGCAACAUAUAUACCAUACGCUUCAACAAAAUUUAGAUGACAAUACACUCAUAAUAAAUGAUUCAAAUGAAAAAGAGGAAGAUGCAGAAUCUAUGGAGGUCGACACACCUCUUUCAGAUGAUGUAAAAACAGAAUUAGAAAUAAACACGUCAUCUACAAGUGUCACCUCCGACGAUCUGCCUGCAGAACAAGUUGUUAUGGAAUUGCCAAAAACCCCUACACAAACGAAGAUGCAGAUUUUGAAUCGGAAAUUCGAUAUGAAGCAAAAUUUUGAUAGUAAGGAAAUGAAAUCACAUGAAAGCGAUGACUGUGAGUCUAUUACCGAUGUCGAUGAAAUGGGAAAAGAUUCUAUGGAAGCUGAAAUGGUCGAGCAGCAAGUUGAUGAAAAUUCAAUGUCAGUUUUUUCUUCUUUUCGUUCUGCGAUGUUGGGAUUCAACAUUUUUUCGUGGAGCAAUAAAGAGAAAUCAUUUCUGAAGUAA